AGCAAGACGUGAGAGCGCGUCGGUAAAAAUAGUUUUUCGUUUUAUUAAGCGGACACCGCGAAAACAAUAGUAUUGAUACAAAACUACAACAAUGUGUGUGCUUUACUAAAGUGUUUAACCAAAAAAUAACCCAAUAUGUAAUACGAUGCUAAGCAUGAAUGCCGAUAAAAAGCACUUAUAAAACAGUCAGUGCAAACGUACAAAGCUGCCUCCCCCUCCCAUUACAUGCAUAUUUUGACGUUUGACGAAAGGGGAAAAAAAAUCACAGCACAAAGCAAUUAGAAUGAGCAUUCCGCGUGGUACCAACAGCACAACGCUAGAUCUAACGCCGCUGCUCGAUGCCAGCAACAACAGCGACGACAGCGACAACGACAACGGCGGCAAGUCCAAUGGCGCCCUGUUGAAUGCCUCCAGUGUCGGCUCCAAGGAGCUGCGUACCAGCCACAGAGAGCGGGAGAGGGAAAAAGAGGAGGCAGAUGCUGCACUCUUUGUGAAGAAGGUUGGCAGCGCCGUCUUCUAUGGCAUCUCCUCCUUUAUGAUAACAGUGGUAAACAAGACGGUAUUGACGUCAUACCACUUCCCAUCGUUCCUAUUCCUCAGCCUGGGCCAGCUGACGGCCAGCAUUGUGGUGCUGGGCGCCGGCAAACGACUCAAACUGGUCACAUAUCCGUCACUGCAGCGCAAUACGUUCGCCAAGAUCUUUCCGCUGCCGCUGAUCUUUGGCUUCAACAUGAUCUUUGGCCUGGGCGGCACCAAGGCGCUCAGCCUGCCCAUGUUCGCGGCGCUGCGCCGCUUCUCCAUACUGAUGACCAUGUUGCUGGAGCUCAAAAUAUUGGGCGUGCGGCCCACGACGGCGGUGCAGAUCAGCGUCUAUGCCAUGAUUGGCGGCGCCUUGAUAGCCGCCUCCGAUGAUUUGUCCUUCAACAUGCAGGGCUAUACGUACGUGAUGAUCACCAACGCGCUGACCGCCUCGAAUGGCGUGUUCGUGAAGAAGAAACUGGACACCUCCGAGAUCGGAAAGUACGGCCUGAUGUUCUACAAUUCGUUGUUCAUGUUUGUGCCCGCCCUGCUGCUCAACUAUGUGACGGGCGAUCUCCAGAAGGCCAUGGAUUUCGGCAGCUGGAAUGAUCCUGCAUUUGUGGUACAGUUUCUGCUUAGCUGCGUGAUGGGCUUCAUCUUAUCCUACAGCACAAUACUCUGCACCCAGUUCAAUUCGGCGUUGACCACCACAAUUGUCGGGUGCCUCAAGAACAUAUGCGUCACCUAUUUGGGCAUGUUCAUUGGCGGAGACUAUGUCUUCUCCUGGCUGAACUGCAUUGGCAUCAACAUCAGCGUGCUGGCCAGCCUGCUCUACACGUACGUCACGUUCCGGCGGAAACAGGCGCCCGACAAGCAGGCCAAUCUGCCCAGCUCCCGAGGAGAGAACGUCUAGUCUCUGGAGAGUUGGGAACCGCGUCGCUUGCACUGCUGCCAAAGCCAUAAAUGUUUUAUGUACCCAUAGAGAAAGAGUAUCGCGAAUUCGACUUGAGAUCAACACAAAAGGGAGCACAUUGUUAUCUGUCAACUCUGAACUGUACAUAUGUAGUUAUGUAUUUUAAAAAGUAUAUUUAUAUUAUAAGUGCUUAUGUAAUUUAAAUGUCUUUGUAAAUUUA